AUUUUGUAAAUUUUAGUAGAGAUUUAGAGACGUGUCAAUGUGUGAAAGAAUUAAAGUUAUGUAUUUAAAGUUUGAAACUUUUAAUUAAUAUUUAUUUAUCGUAAGUGGAUUUACGCGUAAAGAAAUGGCAAACCUAGAUCGCAAAGGGACAUUUAAGGUUGAAUACCUUCAAGAAAUUGAGAAGAAUGUACAGGAACGAUGGGAGCUCGAAAAGAUCUUUGAAAUGGAGGCGCCUAAUGAGCCACAUGAGAAAUUUAUGUGCACCUUUCCUUAUCCCUAUAUGAAUGGCCGAUUACAUCUUGGACAUACAUUUUCAUUAUCAAAAUGUGAGUUUGCAACAAGGUAUUUCCGAUUGAAAGGUCGACUUGUCCUCUUUCCCUUUGGCUUUCACUGCACUGGAAUGCCUAUUAAGGCAUGUGCAGACAAAUUGAAGAGGGAAAUGGAACUAUACGGAUGCCCUCCAAACUUCCCUAAUGAAGAACUUGUAGAAGAAAAGGAACAAGGGGAUAUAAUUCCUAAGGAUAAAAGCAAGGGGAAAAAGAGUAAAGCAGUUGCUAAGACAGGGGCCGCAAAGUAUCAAUGGCAGAUAAUGCAAAGUAUUGGUGUCCCAGAUGAGGAAAUUAAGGAGUUUGCUAAUGAGAGCUAUUGGCUGGAGUAUUUCCCGCCCCGAGCUGUUACUGAUCUGAAGAGGAUGGGUAUUCAUGUCGACUGGCGUAGAAAGUUCAUUACAACUGAUGCGAAUCCAUUUUACGACUCAUUCAUAAGGUGGCAGUUCUACCACCUGAAAGAGCGUAAAAAGAUCAUGUAUGGAAAGAGAUACACUAUAUUCUCCCCGUUGGAUAAACAACCUUGUAUGGACCACGAUAGGAGUAGCGGGGAGGGCGCUGGGCCCCAGGAGUAUACGCUUAUUAAAAUGGAAGUGUUACAACCUUUACCAGAUGUGCUCAAGGCUUUUAAAGGGAAACCAGUCAGUUUUGUAGCUGCAACUCUACGUCCGGAGACAAUGUAUGGUCAAACCAACUGUUGGGUUCACCCUGAUAUAAAAUACGUCGCAUUUGAGACAGUGAAAGAUGGUAUUUUUAUAUGCACGAAACGGGCCGUGAGGAAUAUGUGUUACCAAGGGUUUACCAAAAACGAUGGACAGUUCGAUAUUCUAUUAGAGGUUGUAGGACAAGACCUUUUAGGUAUUGCAGUGAAGUCACCAUUUACUUGUUACCCAAAAAUCUAUGCCCUCCCGAUGUUGACUAUAAAGGAGGAUAAGGGCACGGGAAUUGUUACUAGUGUCCCUUCAGAUUCACCUGACGAUUAUGUGGCACUAGUCGACUUACAAAAGAAGCCAGCUUUCAGAGAAAAGUAUGGUAUAGCUGAUGAAAUGAUACUCCCAUACAAACCGGUUCCAAUACUCGAGAUUCCUGAAUUCGGUAAUAUGGCCGCAGUUCAUUUGUACGAUAAGCUAAAAAUACAAAGUCAGAAUGAUAAAGACAAAUUGACUCAGGCUAAAGAAAUGGUUUACCUCAAAGGGUUUUACGACGGUGUUUUAUUGGUGGGCGAAUAUAAAGGUAGUAAGAUACAGGACGUGAAAAAGAAGGUCCAAACGAGACUUGUAGAAGAAGGAGGUGCUCUGGUCUACUAUGAACCUGAGAAAACCAUAAUAUCGAGGUCAGGUGAUGAAUGCGUUGUAGCUCUAUGUAAUCAAUGGUAUUUAGACUACGGUAAUGAGGUUUGGAAGGCGCAGGCUGAGAAGGCUUUAGCUGGCAUGAACACGUACCACGAUGAAGUUCGGAAGAAUUUCCAGGCGACUCUUAAAUGGCUGCACGAAUACGCUUGUUCUAGGACAUAUGGGCUCGGAACGAAAUUGCCCUGGGAUCAGCAAUGGGUAAUAGAAUCUCUCUCGGACUCCACAAUCUACAACGCGUAUUACACUAUCGCCCACUUCAUACAAGGUGACACGUUUAGAGGGAACGGCGAAAAUGCGCUCAAAAUCAAACCAGAAGACAUGAAAAUCGAUGUUUGGGAUUACAUAUUUUUCAAGAACGCUCCGUUCCCAAAAACAACUAAGAUACCCAAAAAGUCGUUAGACCUGAUGAAGAAAUCAUUCCAGUUCUGGUACCCAGUCGACCUCAGAGCAUCAGGGAAGGAUCUUAUACAGAACCAUUUAACGUUCUACAUUUACAAUCAUUGCGCCAUUUGGGAGAAGGAGGAAGAUAAAUGGCCGAAAGGUGUUCGUGCGAAUGGACAUCUGAUGUUGAAUUCAGCGAAAAUGUCCAAAUCUGAUGGAAAUUUCCUCACUCUCUCGGAAAGUUUGGAUAAAUUCAGCGCGGAUGCUAUGAGGCUAACUCUAGCAGACGCGGGCGAUUCGGUAGAGGAUGCCAACUUCGUAGAAAACACCGCCGAUGCGGCCAUAUUGAGGUUAUUUACGUUUAUCGGAUGGGUGAAAGAAAUUAUUACAACAGAAUCCAGUUUAAGAACAGGCGAAUACAAUUUCCACGACAAAGUGUUCGUAAGUGAGAUUAACACCAAGAUAAAUCAGACAGAUGACAACUACAAUAAAAUGUUAUUCAAGGAAGCUUUGAAAACUGGUUUCUUUGAACUCCAAGCUGCGAGGGAUAAAUACAGGGAGCUGUGUUCUGAGGGAGGCAUGCAUUCAGAGCUGGUGACGCGGUAUAUCGUGACGCAGGCGAAGUUGAUAUCGCCGAUAUGCCCGCACGUGGCCGAACAUGUAUGGGAACUGAUGGGAAAUAAAAAAAGUAUCCUUCACGAGCGAUGGCCCAUAGCCGGGGAAGUAGACGAUGUAGCCGUCAAAGCCAGCAACUAUUUAAUGGAGGCGGCGCAUUCCUUCAGAAUCUACCUCAAGAACCAUUGCGCUGUGAAGAAGCCCAAAAAAGGGGAAGCCCUUAAACCGGAACCUAAGCCAAACAAAGCGAUCAUAUGGGUGGCGAAGGAAUUCCCGAAGUGGCAACAUAUUAUAUUGAGCACACUCAAACAACUCAAUGGGCCAUCCGGCCUCCCGGACAACAAGACAAUUUCGACCAAACUGGCUGAGAUACCUGAACUGAAGAAGUAUGUCAAACGGGUCAUGCCAUUCGUGCAAGCGACAAGGGAGAAUAUGGAGCGAGUUGGCGUCGACGCUCUCUCUGUGGGACUGCCCUUCGAUGAAGCAGCCGUGUUGACUGACAAUCUGCAGUAUUUGUUGAACACUUUAGAUCUCGACUCAAUCGAAGUGAAACACACAGACGACCGCGAAGCACCGGAGAAGUCGCGAGAGGAAUGCGCUCCCGGAACUCCGCACGUUACGUUCCUGGCCGAACCGCGCGUUCGUGUUACGCUCGCGAACCCCGACCCACGCUCGGGGUUGUUCGCGAUGACGCUUGCGCUCGCCGACGGAGAUACUGUCUCCAAGCUCAAGAUGAAACUUGUCAAGGAAGUCAAGGCUAUCAAAGAUGUCAACUCCCUCAAGCUUUGGAGGUACAAGGACCCUGUCCUCGGCCCUCGGAGAAUACCAGUCACCGGAGACCAUGAGACCAAGUGCGCGUUGCUGGAAAACGCGUCAGUAUUCAAAGCGGACGUGAGCAGUGAAGCAGUCGAGUUAGUUGACAACGGGACGAAUAUUAAUGUCGGUGUCCAACUUUUAUAUACUUACGAAUCGUAAGAGUUAAUAAAUAUUUUAUUUAUUGCGA